UUACACUCAAUGAAGUAGGUCUGAUGCUGCGAGCACUGGGAUUCAAAAAUGACACGUACCUUUGUGUUGCAUCUGGGGAAAUUUAUGGCGGAGAAAAAACACUACAGCCCCUAAGAGAACUGUUUCCAAACUUUUAUUCUAAGGAGAUGCUUGCUGGAGAAGAAGAACUCAAACCUUUCCUUCCAUAUUCUUCCCGGAUGGUUGCAAUUGACUACAUUGUUUGUGAGGAAAGUGAUGUCUUUGUCACCAACAAUAAUGGAAACAUGGCAAAGAUCCUUGCUGGUCGAAGGCGGUACAUGGGGCACAAGAGAACCAUCUGACCAAAUGCUAAAAGACUUAGUGCGUUAUUCAUGAAACGAGAGAAGAUAGAUUGGGAUACAUUUGCUUCAAAGGUUAAAUCAUACCAAAGAGGAUUCAUGGGAGAACUAGACGAGAUGAUACCUAGGCGUGGUGAGUUCGAUGAAUAUCCAGCCUCGUGCAUCUGCCAGAAACCAUUCAGAUAUUCCAGUUUAAAUCACAGAUUAUAUUAGAAUUGCAGAUUGAACUCUGAGAUGAGAAUUUCUUGCACUGGUUUGAAAGAUGUUUGCAAUAUUAGUAGUUUUAUGGUUUAGGUUGGU